AUGUUAGUAUUGAAAAACAUGUUCCUUGACAAAAUAAAACCAACUACAGAAAUAAACGACGCAAGACUGAAAGAUUGGGUAAAAGCUUUCCCAUUCACAAAAGAUAUAGUUGGUAACAUGGAAAGAAAACCAGAAUGGCUACAAAAACAUAUAUUUGGAAACGAGCUUAUUCCAUAUGGACAGGCACUGUUUGAAGAGCUUGAACCAGAAACUCAGGACAGAGUCAUGCAAACAAUACGCAAAGACUCAAAUACAGACUAUGACAAACUCUUUCUAGGAUAUAGGUUACCUGAGAUGGGCGACCAGAGCCAAAAGGCAAAAAGGACAUGGGAAAUUUACAACAUACUAGGUGAACAUGAGGCAAAGAUGCAACAACUUGAAGCAGAGGGCAAUGAAGGAAAAAGAAGAGUUAAAAACUCAGUCAGGAAGAAAGUAAAGCUUGGUCCACGUGGGUUCUAUUAUGACAUAUAA